AUGCCGACCGAAGUGGCGAUCCGCGGGAGCACCGUGCGCGACUUCCAGAUGCUGGAGCGCAACCUGCUCUCCCACGUGCGCCUCGCCAUCCUCAUCUCGCUGCUCUCCUCCUCCCUCCUCCUCAACGCCCGCCUUCCCAAUCCCAACAGGCCGCCCCCCGUCUCUGCUCCCCCUUCCAACGUCGCCGUCGCCGUCGCCGUCAUCCAGGUCGUCGCCGCCCUCACCAUCAUCGCCGCCGGCAUCUGGGAGUACCAGCGCUCGUACGACGACCUCCGCCAGAUGCGCGGCUUCCUCCUCUCCACCACCAUCCAUUUCUUCGCCAUGGUCAUCAUCGCCCUCAUCGUCUUCGUCACCUGCAUCGUCUACCUCGUCGACAGUUCCAUAUGA